ACAGCGACAAACGUCAGUGCUAUCUCCGACGACGUCCUACCUAGGCGAAUACCCACCUAGGCUACCCACCCACUCUGACUAACUGUAGGCCUAGUGUCUGUUGUUGUAAGUAGGUAGGCCUAAAUUUAGGCCUACAUGUUAUUAUCUAGGAGAUGGUCUACCCUAGGCCAGGAAAGACAUUCAGUACCUUCUACUUUUUCGUCUGGGCGUAAAUGCUAGCCUCUCGUGGUUACCAAACAUCGUAUCUAUGCCCAGCCCAGGGCAUUCCUUGGGCAUAACUGGUCGACCAUUUCAGGCCUGCCCAUCGGCGACCGACAGUUGGUUAAUGAAUUCCACGAAAACAAAUACAAACGACAGACAGCCUCACAGUCGACAAUGUUUCUUCAAUAGGAUUGAAACUUGGAAAGGUAGAAGGCACGAAAUGAAAUGACGUCAGACGCGGAACAUCGGCACCUGUUUCAAUUGUGCAAGGAAGUUGCUUAUCACCUUGGUCUUCUGCAUGAAAUUGUCAAGAACAGACUUCCACGGUGGACUUCUGACGUGGAGGUCAUUGUUCAGAAACUCAGCUUAAUAUUCGAAGUAGGAUUUAUGUUAACGAGUAUCAAAGACUAUGCUAGUAUUGUCACGCAAUACAGUGAAGUAAUGACUGACGUAGGCCGAUUACUUUACGCAAUGGGAACAAGCUAUGAGACGAACACUCUGUACACGUGGACAGAGGAUCUGAAAACGAAGAUACAAGAGGCUAAAAACAUUUUAAAAGUUUUUAGAGAUGAGGUAGCUAUUAAUGAUGUUGAUGAGGAUAGUAAAGAUCUUGCAGAAUACGUAUGGAGUACAUGGUUCAAGGACGCAUCACAGACACGGUGGAUUUUCUUUGUCCAACAAUUACUGAAGAACAUAGGUCAUCGACAGAAAAAAACUGAAGAAACUUUGAGUUCAUUUUUCCCAGAGCAAGUUAUCGAUAAGAAAUACUUCAAGAGAUUCGUUGACUGGAUGAGCUCGAACUUUGUAACUUCUGCAACCGACAAACUUUUACGGGAUUCGGGAACUUCUGUACAGGAUUUCAUUCGUCGGCAACGUCGUACAGGGUGUCUACGGGAGCCGUUGCUAAGACAACCCCACGCCCCCAAAUCACGUGAUGCAAGUGAGUUAUAUACGCCUAAUAAGUUUGGCCUGGACUUGAGUCGUGCAAUCUUCCCGCCAGUGAAAGCAAGUGAAAAUGACACGAAGACCUGCUUACCCGAAAAUGUAAAAGCUCAGUUAGAAAAUGUUAUUCACCAGGCAGAAGCAAUUGGCAGUUAUUACUAUGGAAACCUUUCUGAGAAAGCAGCCAACGACUUACUGACGUCACAACGGAGGGGUACUUUCCUAUUAAGGCAGAGUUCAAGCAAUCCCGAAGCAUUGUGCGUUUCAUUCCUCCACAGCGUACCGGUGAGGUCCAAUAAUAGUUGGACCGAGAUGGUGAGGUCAAGAAACGUCGUUCUCCAUCACGACCUCAAGUGCCAUCAUGAUGUGAAGAAGGUACCAACAUCGUCGCAGCCUGAGAAACUGGAUUGGUCGACAACCACCAGCGAACGGAAAGUAGAACUGCCAAACAGCGGCAAUCGACAGCAAGCAUAUUCCGCACUCAACCGCCUCGUAGAAUCUCGGACCAAGUUGAGUGAAUUCUUAAAGCUUUAUCAGAAGUAGAACAUCGUACAUGCAUGCAAGAUAAUUCGUUUUGAAUGAUGCUUAUUAUUUCAAUCAAGUCUACUUAACGCCAUCAAGUAUUACUGAAAAGAAUUCAAUUAAUUUAGCUGCAAUACUACUGUUGUAAAUAGACGUACUCGCUGACGACUUUUACAUUGAACCGUACGGUGUAUGCGAGCGACGUCGUGACUUUCAUAAGGAAUAUAUUAAUAUUAGCAAUGGGGUUUAAUAAUACGUCUGUGAAGCUUCGAGCAUAGUUACCACAAUGGGUCAGUAGAAGGCAGGCGCGAAUCCAGUGUGUGUGUGUG